AUGGACGAUCUUUCCGCAGAACGACCCACCUACCUUCGAAGUGCACGACUGUCCCGCGAUAUGCUGGAAUAUCAAAGUCGGCAUAUCGAAGCACAACCAAGCUGCACAAAUUGCAGAGCUUUAUAUCGCUGUCCAACCUGCAAAGUGGAGUUCCAAUUGGAAACACUCCACAUCGAUCGCCAAAGAGCGGCGGUGAUCAUCACGAAGUGGCUGAACGUGGGCAACGGACAGUCACCCUCCGACCCAGACUGGACACGACAUUCUGAUAUUUUUCAGGAUUUUGGGGAGGAGCCUGUCGAGACGCUAAGCGAUUGGUAUGGGAAUCGAAGGCUUUUCGAAGACCAUACACGAAGACCUCUCCAUGCAGCUAUUCGCGAGCAUGCUGAGUUGCUUUGUGGUUGGAAGUACCGGUGGAGAUUGAGUCGACUGCCGUUUUCUGAUGCCUGGAUCACGAUCACGACAGUCGACAACAAAGGCGCAAACCCGAGCAACCUGUGGCAGAGUCUCGACAUGGAUCAAUCGCCACUCGGUGAGCUCUCUCCAGAGCUUCGCAAUGAGAUCUACGCCUAUGUCCUACCCGACGAUGCUCCGAUACCCAUCAUCGAAAACUCCGACGGCAUCCAAGCUCCACUGACUCGAGUUUGCAAGAGUAAGACGAAUGCCUUCACCAUCGACCUCGGACCGGGCAAUGCCUACUACGAAGGAAAUCAAGAGCGAUUUUGGAGACGAACCCAAGCCGCGAUCGCGUGGAUCAAAAACACUCCCAGAACCUGCCAUGCCGCUGUUCCGAAGCUCACCAUCACGUGCGGUGUGAAGUGCGACUGCAAACGAGCGGAGGCUGUAAAAGAGUCAUUGCAAAACGUUGCUAUGCUGCUGGACCUGGCGGGAUACGAUGACGAUCGACUCCAGCUCGUGAUGCGGAUGGAGAAAGGAGCCAUUUUGGCGAACCAUGGGCUUUUCUUCAACACUGGGUUCAAGAAUGUGCUGCAUGAAAAGGCCGAUUGA